AGCCAUUCGACUCCACAACACCCACUAUCCCCAAAAGGGGUCUCUUCUCUCGGAGAGACAGAUUCAUUCAAACCCUAGUUUUUGCAACCUCGAAUCAGACCGAAUCAGAGAUCAUGGGUGCUGAGAGAUCCCCAAAAUCGUCAUCUGAUUCGAAAUUAUUUCCACCCGGCUUUCGAUUCCAUCCUACUGAUGAAGAGCUCGUUGUUUACUAUCUCAAGCGCAAGAUCUGUAGACGAAGGUUAAAACCUGAUAUGAUCGCGGAGACUGAUGUCUACAAGUGGGAUCCUGAUGAGUUGCCUGGGCUAUCCAAAUUGAAGACUGGAGAUAGGCAAUGGUUCUUUUUGAGUCCAAGAGAUAGGAAGUAUCCUAAUGGAGGAAGAUCCAGUCGAGCUACAACAUGUGGCUAUUGGAAAGCAACUGGCAAAGAUCGGACUAUUUCAUGUAACUCUAGGUCAGUUGGCCUGAAGAAGACCCUUGUUUAUUAUAAAGGGCGGGCUCCUGCUGGUGAACGCACAGAUUGGGUGAUGCAUGAGUAUACCCUAGAUGAAGAGGAGCUUAAAAGGUGUCCUUCUGCUCAAGAUUACUAUGUGCUGUACAAGGUUUUUAAGAAAAGUGGUCCAGGUCCUAAGAAUGGUGAGCAAUAUGGGGCACCUUUUAAAGAAGAGGAUUGGGCUGAUGAUGAUUGUGUGAGUUUUAAUGGUUUCCUAGAGCAGGAGAAUAUUGUGAAGGAUGUUGAUGUUUCUCCUAUUAACAAUAACAUAGCUAGUAGUAUGCCACAGGAUCAAGAUGACAUUGAUGAGUUUCUAAAGAAGAUUGCAGACGACCCUGUGUUUACGGAUGAAGCUGGGUUUGUUCAACCUCUUGCCAUUGAUUACUGCUACACAUUUGAUGAAGUCAUUGCUGAGAAAGAAAAUGGACACAUUUUGGGUAAUCAUUGUUCUGGAGAAGUAGGUUUACCUGAUCAGAGCAUGGUGCCUCACCACAAUGAGCAUUUGAAUGUGCAGGCCAGCUUUGUCCAACCACAGCCUUUUAAAUCUCAGUUACCAGUUGAAGCACCCGAGUGGGCUGCAUCUGCUACAAAAACUUGUGAACAGGGCUUGGGUGGAAUUCUAUUUGAAGAUUUUCUGGAAAUGGAUGAUCUUCUUGGUCCAGAACCUAAUGACCAAAACUCCGAAACCCUGGUAUUUAAUGGAAUGGAUGGAUUAGCAGAAGCAAAUCUGUACAAUGAUGCUGCUAUGCUUCUUGGUGACGUUGAUGAUUUGGGGCCAGGUGGACUAAGGCCAGUUCCCCCGCCAUAUCUUCCUAAUAAUCUUGAUAUUGGAAUAUCAAAUGCUGUAUCACGUUCGUAUCUAAAUGUUGUUGAGAAUGAAGCUGCAAAUGAUCAUGUUCAUCAGCCCUCCCAUAGCGAGGCAAAGCAGAUGAGUUUUCAACAUUGGGCACCUGAAGCUGUUUCUGAACCAGUUCCUGGUGGCCAAUACAAUGGCGAGGUUUCAAGUCUUUUUCCCGGAGCCAUUCAGAAUCAGUGUUUCACAGAGGAUGACGGUACAGACUCUUGGUUCUCUGCUGCUCUGUGGUCAUUCGUAGAGUCUAUACCUACAACUCCUGCUUCAGCUUCAGAAAACGCUCUGGUAAAUAAAGCUUUUGAGCGUAUGUCAAGCUUUGGUAGGUUGAAAACUAAAACUGUAGCAGUUGACCCUGCUACCUGUGGGAGGAGGGUGCCGAAGUUUUUUGGAGGAAUGUUCAGCUUCUCUGUUAUUGGCUUAGUUUGUGCUCUAUUCUGGGUGUUCAUAGCUGCUUCUGUGAAGCUGUUGCAGAGAUACAUUUCUUCCUGAAACUAGUAGACUAUAUAUGUUUCAAAGGUACAUUUUGCAAAAAAUGAGCUUUGCCUGUAGGUAAGAAGGUAAAUCUGAAGGUAAAUAAUUAGAAGAGAGGAGGUUUCUACUUUCUAGUAUAAUCCCCCAGGCCCCAUCUAGACUUUUGGAAGAGAUUUAUAGUUAUGGUGCUUGUACUAAUGCUGUCUGCAUUAAUCACCAGUUCAAGUGCCUUGAUCUUGUUUACAAGGAAAAAACAUGAGGGAACAUAUCGUUCUCCUUCGUAUCAGGUAUUUAUGUUGAAGGAAUGAAAUCACUCGGGAAUGCAAUGGAAUGAAUAUGUAAUGUUUUGCGGGUGAUUCUCAUUUUACUCUUAUGAAUCUGUUAAGCAUUAUUUCAGAAAAUCCCUUUCAUGCUUCA